GGGGAAAGCAAACAAUUUCCAGGCCCGCAGCGUCCAGGCGAAAAUAUGGGAAAAAAAUUAUUAAAAAAUCGGAAAGGCACCUAAACCACGGAAAUCGAUCGUAGGAAGGAUGUUAAGGCUCCCGCGGCUUAAGAAAAUGGAAACUUCUAGAGUCUGGUCUCCUCCAAGAAGUGCUAGCGGGACAGGUUAAGACUAGAAUCAAACUGAAAAGAUUAUUGGACAACCACCAGGUGUGAUUCGAACGGAAUCUGUCAAAUUUCAAUUUUUUAAUCCCCUUUUGUUUUUUUUCCGACCACAUGGAACUUGCGAAGCCACCAAAAACGCUGUUACUUAGUGGAGUUGGGCAGUUGCCAGUUGUCCAACAAGAAGGCCUGGUUUAGGCUGCGAUGGCCACUGUCAUUCCUGGUGAUUUGUCAGAAGUAAGAGAUUCCCAGAAAGUCCCUUCAGGGAAGCGUAAACGUGGUGAAACAAAACCAAGGAAAAACUUCCCUUGCCAACUGUGUGACAAGGCAUUUAACAGUGUUGAAAAAUUAAAAGUCCAUUCAUACACUCACACAGGAGAGAGGCCCUACAAGUGCACACAACAAGACUGCACCAAGGCCUUUGUUUCUAAAUACAAAUUAUUAAGGCAUAUGGCUACACAUUCUCCAGAGAAAACCCACAAGUGUAACUAUUGUGAGAAAAUGUUUCAUCGGAAAGAUCACCUUAAGAAUCACCUGCAUACCCAUGACCCCAAUAAGGAAGCCUUUAAGUGUGAAGAAUGUGGAAAGAACUACAAUACCAAGCUUGGGUUUAAACGUCACUUGGCCUUGCAUGCUGCUACAAGUGGAGACCUCACCUGUAAAGUAUGCUCGCAGACUUUUGAAAGCACAGUGGUGCUACUGGAGCACCUUAAAACCCAUGCAGGCAAAUCUUCUAGUGGUGUUAAAGAGAAAAAACACCAAUGUGAGCAUUGUGAUCGGCGAUUUUACACCCGCAAAGAUGUCCGUAGACACAUGGUAGUGCACACUGGGAGAAAAGACUUCCUAUGUCAGUAUUGUGCACAGAGAUUUGGGCGCAAGGAUCAUCUAACCCGUCAUAUGAAGAAAAGUCACAAUCAAGAACUGCUGAAAGUGAAAACUGAACCUGUGGACCUGUUAGAUCACUUCACCUGCAGUGUUCCUAUUAAAGAUGAGCUGCUUCCCGUGAUGUCCUUAUCUUCCAGUGAGCUGACAUCAAAGCCAUUCACAAACAGUUUGCAGUUGAACCUCUAUAACACACAAAUUCAGUCCAUGCAGAGUUCUGCAACUACACACCAAAUGGUCGCUCCAUCAUUGUCUUUGGGUAUGCCUUGCCCUAUAGAUAUGGAUCCUGUCCAUCCCUCUCACCAUCUUUCGCUAAAAUACCCACUCAAUUCUACCUCAUAUGCAAUUUCGAUGCCUGAUAAAGAGCAACCAUUGAAAGUGGAAAUAGAAAGUUACCUUAUGGAGCUGCAAAGUGGCAUGACAUCCUCCUCCCAGGAGUCGCCAUCAUCAUCCAAAUUAAGUUUGGAUCCUCAAGUAGGGACAUUGGAUGAUGGCCCAGAUGGAGUAUCCCUCUCUAAAAGUUCUGUUUCCAUUAGUGAACCUCUCAACACAUCGUCUUUGGACUUCAGUCAGUUGUUCAAUUUCAUACCUGCCAAUGGCCCUCCAUACAAUACACCGGUAUCAGUUGGGAGUUUAGGAAUGGGUUAUUCUCAAGAAGAGGCCAGUUCUUCAAUGGCACAGCUUCCUCCACAACCACAGGAUCCUCAAGACCCUAGCAAUAGUAUAUGUUUUGGUUCCUUACACUCAUUGUCCUCUGCUUUCACAAGCAAUCUAAAUACAACCACAACAUUGCCACGAUUUCAUCAAGCUUUCCAGUAGGGGUUUAUACAAUAGAUUGUUUUAGCUGGUUUUUAAUCCUAGUGCCAAUGAAAAGACAUUUGAAACACCUGUAAUAGUUUCUACAUUAACAAUCUUGUUAAGCCAG